UCUACGGGAGCAUCACUAGUUGGCACAUGUAGCCACCCGGACUCGCUUGCUUUGACAUAGUAGCCGCGGCGGACGGCCGGCCGGCCGGCCAGAGAUGUAUAUAUACGUAUAUGCACCCAGUGAUGGACCUCUGCAGGGUAGGAGAAGAUGGCGGACUGGGGCCCGGUGCUGAUCGCGGUGGUCUUCUUCGUGCUGCUCACGCCGGGGCUGCUGUGCCAGAUCCCCGGCGGGAACAGGGGCAUCCCGGAGUUCCACAGCAUGCGCACCAGCGGCAUGGCCAUCUUCGUCCACACCCUCCUCUUCUUCGGCUUCUGCGCCAUCUUCAUGGUCGCCGUCGGGGUCCACCUCUACGCCAACUGAGCCAGCCUGCUGUUCUACCGUUGUUUUUUUUUUCCAGGCCGAGUUCUAGCUAGCAAAUACUAGUACUACGAAUGAACUGAUACUAGAAAACAUUUUUUUUCUAGCGCAAGUAUAAGCGUGGUGAAUGCCAAUUUUCGUGGCUGCUGUCUAUCUCCAAGUUUCUCUUUUCUUUUGAUCACACCUCCUAUUCUUCGCUCUCCUGAAAUCUGCUGUCCAAGUGAUCCAAACAACUCAAUCUGCUGUCGUAAAAGAUCUGCACAAAACUAGCUACUCCCUCCGUUCAAAUUACAGGUUGUU